UGUGAGAGAGAGAGAGAGGAGAGGGAGCAUGGAGAGUAUGGGGGGCUUCACCCAGGGACCCUGACCACAAUAUCCAGCCAGCCAGGCGCACUCAUGAUUACACCGGUUUACAGUGGCCACUUGGUGAAGGACCAGAGAUGACCCACGCAUUUCGCUGAGGUCAUCAUGGGUUUAAGACUGGUUGCUGGAGUUGUUCACCUCUCCACGCCUGUAUUAUAUGGAUCGCUAUCGUUUUUUAUUUCCGUCCUACACAAUGUUUUUCUCCUUUACUAUGUGGAUACCUUCGUCUCUGUUUACAAAAUCGACAAACUCUCAUUCUGGAUUGGGGAGACAAUUUUCUUAAUUUGGAACAGCUUGAAUGAUCCCCUGUUCGGGUGGCUAAGCGACAGAGUUUUCCUAGACGCUAAACAGUCCAGCAUAGACAUCUCCGCUCCAGAAGUGGUCCUGAAGAGGCUCAAAGCUUUGAGGAGAAAUGGGCCACUGUUUGCCAUUUCUUUUCUUGCCUUUUGGGUUGCCUGGGCUCACCCUGGAGUACAGUUCCUCAUCUGCCUGUGUCUUUACGACAGCUUUCUCACCAUGGUGGACCUUAAUCACAAUGCCUUGCUCGCAGACCUUGCUGUCUCUGCAGAAGAAAGGGCAAGCUUAAACUUUCACUGCUCACUCUUCAGUGCCAUAGGAUCGCUUUCUGUUUUCGCCUCCUACACAGUAUGGAACAAGGAAGACUUUUUCUCCUUUCGGAUAUUUUGCGUGGUUCUGGCAGCUAUUUCAGCCAUUGGUUUUACAGUGUCCACCUGGCUGCUCAGGCAGCGAUUUGAGACUGAUGCAAAAAUUCAUCAUGAGCAGGAAUCCAUGUUAAAAGGACUUUAUGUGGACGAACCGUCUGCAGUUCCUGAAAAAAGGGUCACCCUAGUGGAAUACCUCAAGCAGCUGUCCAAACACCGAAACUUCCUCUGGUUCGUCAGCAUGAACCUGGUGCAAGUAUUUCACUGCCAUUUUAACAGCAAUUUCUUUCCCCUCUUCCUGGAACACCUACUGUCUGACAGAAUCUCUCUGUCCACUGGCUCGUUCCUCCUGGGUAUCUCCUACAUAGCCCCACAUUUGAACAAUAUGUAUUUCCUAAAGAUGUGCCAAAAAUACGGUGUUUACAGUGUGGUGCGCUGUCUGUUCCUCCUGAAGUUGGGUCUCAGUGUGCUGAUGCUUCUAGCUGGCCCUGACCAGAUCUAUCUGUUAUGCAUCUUUAUAGCCAGCAAUCGGGUUUUCACGGAGGGUACGUGUAAGCUGCUCAACCUGGUUGUCACAGAUCUGGUGGAUGAAGAUUUUGUGUUGAAUCGUAGAAAGCAAGCCGCCUCAGCUCUUUUGUUUGGGAUGGUUGCCUUAGUGACCAAACCUGGACAGACUUUCGCCCCUCUGAUCGGAACAUGGCUGCUUUGCGUUUACACAGGAUAUGAUAUUUUUCAACGGGACGCCAUGAAUAACAUCAGUGCAGAACGAGAGCUGGAUUCUGGCAAAAUACUGACUACUACCCUGCGCCAAGGUUGUUUCUACCUCCUCGUCUUCAUUCCAAUAACGUGUGCUCUACUCCAGCUGUUUGCAUGGUCUCAUUUCACGUUACGUGGAAAACGCCUGCUAGCCGUGAAAUCCUAUCGGCAGGCGCUGCCUCAAAAUACGUCCACUCAAGAUAUCAAAAACAUAUGACUCGACUUAAAUCCUGCCACUUUUUUCUAUUUAAGAAAGGUGUCAGAAAUGUCACUGUUAAAACAAUUUUUUGUUUUUAUUUGGAUAAAAAAAACAAA